AUGGAUCUUGUUAGUUAUAAGUCGUUAUUUCAGGUAGCGCACAUGUUCAAGGGGUGCCCGGGACCUGCUGGAUACAUAGUGCUGCCGAAUUGUAUUUGGACUCAAUAUUUUGUAACUCCUCAAUUAGGGAGUCUUCUUGCUGCGAUUCUCUUGAUUCUGAUCACCGUUUCUUCACAAGCAAAAGCUCUUAAAUCCCCUCAAAAGUUCUGUAACUUCUCUGUUGAUUCUGCCUACUACAAUGUCCUUUUUCCUUCGCCAUCUCCAUUUCCUUCUCGUUCGCCUUCCUCCUUCGCUUCUCCUUCUUCUUCUCAUUCUCUUCAUCUAUCUUUUUCUUCAUCUUCUUCGUGUUCUUCCUCUCCUCCUCCUACUCUUUAUUCUAAUUCGUCUUCUUUUCUGACUGUAUCUGAACAUCCACUAUUACUUCCAUCUAUACCUCUUGUACCCGCACUCUUCAUCAUCGGAGAUUCAACCGUCGAUUGCGGCAAUAACAACUUCGUCGGUACCUUCGCUCGAGCGGACCGACUUCCGUACGGUAGAGACUUCGAUACGCACCAGCCCACUGGAGGGUUCUGUAAUGGAAGAAUCCCCGUUGAUUAUUUCGCUUUGCUUCUUGGACUUCCCCUUAUCCCAAGUUAUCUUUCCCAGUCCGGUUCUGUCAAUGAUAUGAUUCGAGGAGUGAAUUAUGCAUCUGCUGGUGCUGGAAUUAUUUUCACUAGUGGAUCAGAAUUGGGUCAGCGCAUCUCCUUUACGCAGCAAAUUCAGCAGUUUUCUGAUACUUUGCAGCUGUUUAUCUUGAGCAUGGGUGAGGAGGCUGCUGCCGAUCUUAUUUCAAAAUCAGUGUUCUACAUCUCCAUUGGUAUCAAUGAUUAUAUACAUUACUACCUGCGUAAUGUAUCAAAUGUCCAAAGUGUGUACACAUCGUGGGAUUUCAACCAUUUCUUAGCAUCAACAGUGAGGCAAGAAAUUAAGGUUACACUCUCAAAUCUUUCUCUUUUCCUCUCAUUUUGUCAUGUAUUUAAGGAAUCAUCUGCGAAUGUGAUUAGCUGUUUAUGGCUUGGAUGUGAAAAAAAGAGAGUAGGGAACAACCCAUUAUUGACAGAUUACUCUUCUUCCUAUAACUAA